AUGAAAAGGCAACUAGGUUCAGGGAUAAGGCUUGAACCAUAUUCUAUGAAUUGCUCCAAUCCUGUGCUCCUUAACCUGUCAGACGCAUCUGAUGUCAAGAUGCUGUACUUCCAAUGCAGACAGUUGCGACAGCUUACGCCGUCCAGCGAAAUAGCAUUUAAAUCACCAACAAGAAGUUAUACACCUAGCCCACAAUUUGUGGAAAACUGUUGGACCACAGCUAAUCCAUGGAUUCCCCAGCAAAACCUAGAAGUGCAAACAUCGGCAAGUCAUACCGACGAAUUUUUUGGCCGACGUUGGAAUUGGCCUCCACCGUCUUUACUUCCCAAUCUGACAUACCAAGAGCGCCAUCGCCUCAUCAUUCAGUUUCUCAACCUA